GCUGCCUGCCACUGCCCGCCCCGCCCCCGCCGCUCCUGUUCCGCGAGUACCUCGGCUCCCAGUCCCGUGCUCUCGAGCCCGGCCUGAGUCACCGGGAAACCAGGUCCUGAGUCAGGGCCCGAGGGUCAGCACGCGGGCCCUGGCUUGGGAAUGAGGCCCAGCUGGAGAGAGGCAGAAGGAGGCCCGCACUGAUGCUGGGACGGAGAGGGCGUCCUGGUCACCGACAGAGCAUAAGAGCAACAGGGAGAGAGCCUAGGCCGAGGAGGAAGACAGAAACCCAGGCUCAGAGGCAGACAGACACAGAUACAACUCAAGAUCUGGUUAGAAUUGGAGACUGAGUCAGGGACAAGCUUAAUGACAGAGAGCAAAACAGGGUGGGACAAGGAGAGGGACAAAGAAGGAUUGAGAGGUUGAGAUGGAGUGGGGCAGGGACAGGGACAAGGCAGAGAUAAAACUCAGGGGCCACAGAAUUAGAGACAGGUCUAUGAAAUAGACUGGGGUCAGGGUCAGGCUGGCAGAGGGGGGACAGAGCAGAGACCUGAGCCCAAGGGAAUGGGCAGGGAAAAGGCAAGCUCAGAAAAGGAAGGCUUGGAGAAAGCAGAGGUGAGGGGUUGGCAUUUCACACUGCUGAACUGCUACAGGGCAUGUGCACACACAUGUGAACAGCAUGUGAACAUGCUGCCAGUGGGUACCUCUGGAGUACCCCUGACCUCUGGUCCCUCAUCUCUCUGGCCUGGUUCUCCGCCCCCAUCCUUAUUCUUCAAUUAGCCUCCACCCAGGGCCGGGACCCCACACAUUAGGACUGGUUAGGGCUCUCCGGGCAGCCCGACCAAGGCAGGCAGGAUGUGGAGGCGGCCAGGGCUGGAGGGACAGGAAGGAAGUCUGAGCAGAGACAAUAGGUGGAAGGGGAGGAGGGACUGGGAACAACCAGGAUUAGGAUGGCAGGCCUGUAUACCUCGGCUCUGGAAACAAGAGGGAGCGGGGUCUGCACCUCCUUCCUCCUACCUAGGCUGCCCCUCUCCCCACCUUAGUCUACAGCUGAUCUGGCCACAUCAUUGGCCCCUCUUCUGCAUCUCCCAAUCCCACUCUGCCCCACAGCAUUCUAGCAUCUUGUCCCAUGCUUAUUCAGUUGGAUGUGCAGUCAGGCAGGGGCAGAGCUUUGACCCAGACCCAGGGUGGGCAGGAGCUGAGGGGCCAACUCUAGCACUGACUUGCUGUGAACCUGGGGCAAGCCCCUUCCCCUCUCUGGGCCUCAGUUUCCUUAACUUCCUAAAUGAAGUCCCUUCCCUAAGUAGAGAGCCAUUGCUGUUGUUCUGGGAUGGAUCUGCUUCCAGAUCGCAGGCCUGUCAGCAUCUUUCUUUGGAGGAAGAUUGAAGGCUGGUGCUCACUGUCCAGGCCUCAGACCUUGGGGCAGGGAGGGGGAUUCUCAGCCUGAGCCCUCCCUUCACCCUGCCCCUCCCCCCAGCAAUGGCCUGAGCCCCCAUGGCUGCCCCUCAGGACCUGGACAUCGCUGUGUGGCUGGCCACGGUGCACCUGGAGCAGUAUGCAGACACGUUCCGACGGCAUGGCCUGGCUACAGCAGGUGCAGCCCGGGGCCUGGGCCACGAGGAGCUGAAGCAGUUGGGCAUCAGCGCCACAGGGCACCGGAAACGCAUUCUGCGCCUGCUGCAGACAGGCACCGAAGAGGGCUCCCUGGAUCCCAAAUCAGAUAGUGCCAUGGAACCAUCCUCCAGCCCAGCUCCCCAAACCCAGCCCCCUAAACCCGUGCCGAAGCCCAGGACCGUGUUUGGUGGACUCAGUGGCCCUGCCACCACUCAGAGACCUGGGCUGAGCCCAGUCCUCGGGGAACCAGGAGUGUCCAGGAGCCCAGAGCCCAGCCCAAGGCCGCCUCCUCUCCCCACUUCUUCCACUGAGCAGUCUUCAGCCUUAAAUACUGUGGAGAUGAUGCCUAAUUCCAUCUACUUCGGCCUGGACCUAAGAGGCAGGGCACAGGCAGCUCAGGAAAAGGCCCCAGACAGCUCCCAAACCACUGCCCCCACCCCUGCCCUCAGGCCCACAGCAGGCACAGUGCACAUAAUGGAUCCUGGUUGUCUGUACUAUGGUGUCCAACCUGUGGGGACUCCAGGGGCCCCCGACAGAAGAGAGGGCAGAGGUGUUUGUCAGGACAGGGCUGAACACAGGCUCAGCAGGCAGGAUCUGGAGGCACGGGAGGAUGCUGGCUAUGCCAGCCUUGAGCUACCUGGAGACUCCACUCUCUUAUCACCCACCCUGGAAACAGAGGAGACCAGUGAUGACCUCAUUUCACCCUAUGCCAGCUUUUCCUUCACGGCAGACCGCCCCACGCCCCUGCUCAGUGGCUGGCUAGACAAGCUCUCCCCUCAGGGAAACUAUGUCUUCCAGAGACGCUUUGUGCAGUUCAACGGGAGGAGUCUGAUGUACUUUGGCAGUGACAAGGACCCCUUCCCUAAGGGUGUGAUACCUUUGACUGCCAUUGAGAUGACCCGCAGCAGCAAGGACAACAAGUUCCAGGUCAUCACCGGCCAGAGGGUGUUCGUGUUCCGCACAGAGAGUGAGGCUCAGCGGGACACGUGGUGCUCCACACUGCAGUCCUGUCUGAAGGAGCAGCGCCUCCUGGGCCACCCCAGGCCCCCCCAGCCACCCCGACCCCUCCGCACGGGCAUGCUGGAGCUGCGUGGACACAAGGCCAAGGUGUUUGCUGCCUUGAGCCCUGGACAGCUGGCACUGUACAAGAGUGAGCAGGCCUUCUCUCUGGGCAUCGGGAUCUGCUUCAUCGAACUGCAGGGCUGCAGCGUUCGGGAGACCAAGAGUCGAAGCUUCGACCUGCUCACACCCCAUCGCUGCUUCAGCUUCACAGCCGAGUCUGGGGGUGCUCGGCAGAGCUGGGCGGCCGCUCUGCAGGAAGCAGUAACCGAGACCCUGUCUGACUACGAGGUGGCUGAGAAGAUCUGGUCUAAUCGGGCCAACCGGCAUUGUGCAGACUGUGGGUCCUCCCGCCCAGACUGGGCCGCUGUCAAUUUGGGGGUGGUCAUCUGCAAGCAGUGUGCAGGUCAGCACCGGGCCCUGGGUUCUGGGAUCUCCAAGGUGCAGAGCCUGAAGCUGGACACGAGUGUCUGGAGUAAUGAGAUAGUGCAGUUGUUCAUUGUCCUGGGAAAUGAUCGUGCCAACCGCUUCUGGGCAGGGACCCUACCCCCAGGUGAGGGACUGCAUCCAGAUGCGACCCCUGGCCUCCGGGGUGAGUUCAUCUCCCGAAAGUACCGGCUGGGUCUCUUCCGGAAGCCCCACCCUCAGUACCCAGAUCAUAGCCAGCUUCUCCAGGCACUGUGUGCAGCUGUGGCAGGACCCAACCUGCUGAAGAACAUGACCCAGCUCCUCUGUGUUGAGGCCUUCGAGGGCGAGGAGCCCUGGUCUCCACCAGCCCUUGAUGGCAGCUGCCCUGGCCUCGUGACCCCAGACCCCUCCCCUGGUGUGUACAAUGAGGUGGUGGUGCCUGCUACUUACAGCGGCUUCCUGUACUGUGGUCCUGUCACCAACAAAGCUGGACCCUCACCCCCUCGCAGGGGCCGGGAUGCUCCCCCCCGCCUAUGGUGUGUGCUGGGAGCAGCUCUGGAAAUGUUUGCCUCAGAAAACAGCCCUGAACCCCUCAGCCUCAUACAGCCCCAGGAUAUUGUAUGUCUGGGUGUGAGCCCCCCACCCACUGACCCAGGUGACCUUGACAGGUUCCCCUUUUCCUUUGAGCUCAUCCUCACUGGGGGGAGGAUCCAGCAUUUUGGCACAGAUGGAGCUGACAGUCUGGAGGCCUGGACUAGUGCUGUGGGCAAGUGGUUCUCCCCGCUGAGCUGCCACCAGCUGCUGGGUCCUGGGUUGCUGCGGCUGGGCCGCCUAUGGCUGCGGUCCCCCUCCCAUACAGCCCCGGCCCCUGGUGUCUGGCUGUCAGGGUUCGGCCUCCUUCGUGGUGACCACCUCUUCCUGUGCUCAGCGCCGGGCCCCGGCCCCCCAGCCCCUGAGGACAUGGUGCAUCUGCGGAGGCUACAGGAGAUCAGUGUGGUUUCUGCAGCUGACACCCCAGACAAGAAAGAGUAUUUGGUCCUGGUGGAGACAGGAAGGACCCUGUAUCUGCAAGGAGAGGGCCGACUGGACUUCACGGCAUGGAACACAGCCAUUGGGGGCGCGGCUGGUGGGGGUGGCACAGGGCUGCAGGAGCAGCAGAUGAGCCGGGGUGACAUCCCCAUCAUCGUGGAUGCCUGCAUCAGUUUCGUUACCCAGCAUGGGCUCCGGCUGGAAGGUGUAUACCGGAAAGGGGGCGCUCGUGCCCGCAGCCUGAAACUCCUGGCUGAGUUCCGUCGGGAUGCCCGGUCGGUGAAGCUCCGACCCGGGGAGCAUUUUGUGGAGGAUGUCACUGACACACUCAAACGCUUCUUUCGUGAGCUCGAUGACCCUGUGACCUCUGCACGGUUGCUGCCUCGCUGGAGGGAGGCUGCUGAGCUGCCCCAGAAGAAUCAGCGCCUGCAGAAAUAUAAAGAUGUGAUUGGCUGCCUGCCGCGGGUCAACCGCCGCACACUGGCCACCCUCAUUGGGCAUCUCUAUCGGGUGCAGAAAUGUGCGGCUCUAAACCAGAUGUGCACGCGGAACCUGGCUCUGCUGUUUGCGCCCAGCGUGUUCCAGACGGAUGGGCGGGGGGAACAUGAGGUUCGGGUGCUGCAGGAGCUCAUUGACGGCUACAUCUCUGUCUUCGAUAUCGAUUCUGACCAGGUAGCUCAGAUUGACUUGGAGGUCAGUCUUAUCACCACCUGGAAGGAUGUGCAGCUGUCUCAGGCUGGAGACCUCAUCAUGGAAGUUUAUAUAGAACAGCAGCUCCCAGACAACUGUGUCACCCUGAAGGUGUCCCCAACCCUGACUGCUGAGGAGCUGACUAACCAGGUACUAGAGAUGCGGGGGACAGCAGCUGGGAUGGACUUGUGGGUGACUUUCGAGAUUCGUGAGCAUGGGGAGUUGGAGCGGCCACUGCAUCCCAAGGAAAAGGUCUUAGAGCAGGCCUUACAAUGGUGCCAGCUCCCAGAGCCCUGCUCAGCCUCCCUGCUCUUGAAAAAAGUCCCCCUGGCCCAAGCCGGCUGCCUCUUCACAGGUAUCCGACGUGAGAGCCCACGGGUGGGGCUGUUGCGGUGUCGUGAGGAGCCACCGCGCUUGCUGGGAAGCCGCUUCCAGGAGAGGUUCUUUCUGCUGCGUGACCGCUGCCUGCUGCUACUCAAGGAGAAGAAAAGCUCUAAACCAGAACGGGAGUGGCCUUUGGAAGGUGCCAAAGUCUUCCUGGGAAUCCGCAAGAAGUUAAAGCCCCCAACACCGUGGGGCUUCACAUUGAUACUGGAGAAGAUGCACCUCUACUUGUCCUGCACUGACGAGGAUGAGAUGUGGGAUUGGACCACCAGCAUCCUUAAAGCCCAGCACGAUGACCAGCAGCCAGUGGUCUUACGACGCCGUUCCUCCUCCGACCUUGCCCGUCAGAAGUUUGGCACUAUGCCUCUGCUGCCUAUCCGUGGGGAUGACAGUGGAGCCACCCUCCUCUCUGCCAAUCAGACCCUGCGGCAACUACACAACCGGAGGACCCUGUCCAUGUUCUUUCCGAUGAAGUCAUCCCAGGGGUCUGUGGAGGAGCAAGAGGAGCUGGAGGAGCCUGUGUAUGAGGAGCCGGUGUAUGAAGAAGUAGGGGCCUUCCCUGAGUUGACCCAGGACACUUCUACCUCUUUCUCCACCACACGGGAGUGGACAGUGAAGCCAGAGAACCCCCUUACCAGCCAGAAGUCCUUGGAUCAACCCUUUCUGUCCAAGUCAAGCACCCUGGGCCAGGAGGAGAGGCUACCUGAGCCCCCUCCGGGCCCCCUUUCAAAGAGCAGUCCCCAGGCACGGGGGUCCCUGGAGGAACAGCUGCUCCAGGAGCUCAGCAGCCUUAUCCUGAGGAAAGGAGAGACCACUGCAGGCCUGGGAAGUCCUUCCCAGCCAUCCAGCCCCCAAUCCCCCAGUCCCACUGGCCUUCCAACACAGACACCUGGCUUCCCCACCCAACCCCCCUGCACUUCUAGUCCACCCUCGAGCCAUCCCCUCACAUGACCCUAGGACCAGCAGUCUGAGAGGGUAGGUACCAGAAGACCCAGAAGCUCUCAUCAUGGCACUGUUGCAGCUUCCUCUGGCCCGGCUGGAAAGACUCCAGAAUCCAGUGUGGUGCUGUGGAAGGAGCAUUGGACUGAAGGCUUCAGUGGCUGCGUGUCCCAGGACAGGUCCUGGCUCCUCUCUGGGCCCAGCCCAUUUAUCUGUACCAUGAGGUAACUGAAGUAAGGAGAGCAGUGAAUGUCAAACUGUCAGAGCCAUAAGCCUCACAUAUUUUCCCUCAACAAGGGCAGCUCCUGCUUUAUAUAUUUGAUAUGUAGGGGUUCUGUGAGAGAUUUUGGGUUUUAAAGGAAUGGUUUUAUUGCAUUAAAGAAAAAAAUGCUUUGGAAACCAGAGGCCUGGAUGAUGUUAAAGUCUAUCCUGUCCCACUUCCUACAUUCUGGGACUACAGUGAAGCCUGGAGUAGGGAGACUGAUUGAGUUUGGGGGCUGGGACCAGGGGAGUCAAAAAUAGAUGAGUAAUUGUCAAUAAACCUUGGAACCAAAAGAC